UGUGUCCUGUGACCGGAAGUGACGCAAUGAUUAAAAAACGUGCAGCGCUUUCUGAAAGAAAUAAGUGGAAAGGUCUAAUUAUGUUGUAUUUUAAAUAAUAAAUAAGGUAACGUUAUUUACGCAACUACUAGAGCAAGUCGGACGUAUUUGGACCGCAUUUAACAAAGAGAAGUCAAUAUAGCUAGUGAUGGCAGCCUCAUUACCUCAGAAGCCAGGGAUGGCAGGGAUGCCCUCUCAGCAGCAGCCCCACCUGCCCCCUAAUGCUGCCUCUGCUGCAGGCCAGCAGCCCAUGCCCCCCCAGGGGGCCCUGAGGGAGAUCUCCCCAGUUUUCCUCUGUCGGAUUGGACAGGAGACAGUCCAGGACAUUGUCACUCGUACCAUGGAGAUCUUCCAGAUCACACGAGCUACGCAGCUUCCCAAUGGCGUGACCCAGAGCCAGGCGAUGUACCAGGACCGCUUUGGGAAGCUCCAGGAACACCUACGGCAGCUCGCCCUGCUGUUCAGAAAGCUGCGGCUCCUGUACGAACGCUGUGUGGAGAUGACCUCUGACCUGCAGGAGGGGCCAUCAGAGCUUCUGCCAUAUGUUGGAGAGGAGCUGGUUUCUGUCAAAGUGGAGCCCUGCAGUUCUGCUGUCAACCAGGAGAGAAGAGAGGUUCUAGAGGUGUUUGACUGUGUCGUCCUGCUUUACCUGCAGAAGGUCCGCCAGAAAAACCAGGAGAUGAAGGUUCUGAUGGAUCAGAUGAGGAACCUGUUGUGGGACGUCAACGCCAUGCUGACGCUCAGGAAAUGAUUGUUCCACCAGAUCCUCUCCCUUUUUAGGAGAUACAUUCCUCCACAGACGUAUGGACUGCUUAAUGGCAAAGACCAGGUGAAAUAAGGGAAUUACUGUUGGAUUUGGAUUAUGGGUCCUUUCACUUUGUGUGUACUUUGUUGACACUUCAUCACUGAAACUCACAAGUCACAGAAGAGCUUCUGCUGUUUAGUAUGUAUAAUAUUGAAGUUGUUGAGGGGGAGCUAUUAUUUAGAUAGAAUCCUGCUUAAUGAAAGCUUAAAAAAGCAUAACCUGAUACACUCCAAGAAAUCAUUCUCUUUUGUACGUGGCAGCUGACAGCCUAGUUUAUGUUUGGAAAGUGCUCUACAAGUAUUACUUUGCCAAUGUGUUUAUUCAAAUAAGUUAUAAAUUCCUGUUUGAUACUGUUAAAAUUAAAAGUGGAAACCUGUAUUGCCUCAGGUAAAAACAAAAAAAAGUGUUAUUGAUGGUGUUUUUCCCCUGUGCUGACUCAACACCAGACAGACUUGUAUUACUUGCAGGUAAUUCUUCCAGUAAGCACAGAAGCUGAUCUGAUGACUAUGUUUACAAUAGGGACAACUGCCCUAAUUAUGAUUUGUCAGCUGUAAAAACACAGAGUUCAGAAUUCAAAUCAGCCCCUUGGCAGCUAUCUAUGUAUCUCAGGUGCUUUGUACAUAAGUGUGUGUGUUUGUGCAUGUGCUUAAUGAGAUUAGCUUCCUGAGUGCUAUACAGUACACCUGUUUACCCUGAGGGGGUUGAGACUUGCUUGCCUGUGAAUUUAUUUUUGUAAACUGUGGGACAAAAGGUUGGCCUACUGGGUCAUUUCUGUUUUCUAUAAAAUAAACUUUUUUAAA